AUGGCGUACAAGGCAUGUGAAAAGCGGUGGAAAAGUAUGACACAUGAAAACGCGUUGCACGACUUGGUGGUACUGGAUCCGCGUAAUUUAAGUGAGGAGCAGCAGAAAAAAGUGCAGCACAUUGGGUCCUGGAAAUGGGGUUCGAAGGACAAGGAGCGACCCGUGUUAGCUUUCGACAACUUUGGCACACCGCACCGCGGCUUCUGCGUGAUACCCAGCGCUCUAAACGCCAAAACACAGCUGCAACUUGCUCGUGUUUGUCUGGCCGAGUAUGCAGAGGAGCCGCACGUAACCAAUAUGCACCUGCAAAACGAGCAAGUGGUAGGCAUUUGGCACAAGGCAUGCCAAUCACAUCCACACAAUCCAACAAAGUCUCCUAUUCUCUCAAAAUUGUGUUGGGCAGCUUUAGGCUACCACUACGAUUGGACCGCAAGGAAGUAUUACAAGGACAGAUUCUCCCCUGUGCCAAAAUUGCUACAGGAACUAGGUGCAAGUUGUGCUGCUGCUUCCGGCAUGAUGUUAGCCGCUGAGGCUGUGAUCGUCAAUUACUACAAGAACAAGUCGGCAAUGGGUGGCCAUCGGGAUGAUGUCGAGUAUACAAUGGAUCACCCUGUUGUGUCCGUGUCGCUUGGCAGUCAAUGUGUGUUCCUCAUGGGCGGUCACACAAAGGACGAGACACCACUAGAGUUGUUGCUACGAAGCGGUGACAUAACUAUUAUGGGUGGAGCAUCUCGGACGUGCUACCAUGGCGUAGCCCGUGUGCUACCCAUUCCAUUCAGCAUUGCAAGUGAGGAUUUCGAUACACUUUGUCACAUUGAACAAGAUCGCAAAGAGUACGAGGCAGUUCGAACGUAUCUUAGCAACCAGCGUAUUAAUCUCAACGUGCGGCAAGUGUAUCCGACAGACCAACUGACAAGAAAUAGAUGA